AUGUCAUUGAAGCAGGAAAUAGAAACGUGGGUGUCGGCCUUGGGCCGGUACGACAACAAUGAAUUCGAUGAGGCCCUCAAGGAUUUUGAGAGGAUCUCCGACACAUCAAAAAUUCUCUUCAACAUGGGUGUUAUUCACGCCACUUUGGGAGAGCACGAGAAAGCUGUCGAAUGUUACCAACGAGCAAUCAAGCUCGACCAGUACCUCGCUGUCGCCUACUUCCAGCAAGGCGUCUCAAAUUUCCUGCUCGGCGAUUUCGAAGAGGCAUUGGCCAACUUCAAUGACACUCUUCUCUACCUGCGAGGAAACACCAUGAUCGACUACGCCCAAUUGGGUCUGCUCUUCAAGCUCUACUCUUGCGAGGUGCUCUUCAACAGAGGUCUCUGCUACAUCUACCUGCAACAGAAAGAUGCUGGUAUGCAGGAUCUAUCGUACGCUGUCAAGGAGAAGGUGGUAGAGGACCACAACGUUAUCGAUGAGGCGAUCCGUGAGGAGGCAGAGGGAUACACUGUUUUCUCGAUCCCCGUCGGUGUUGUGUACCGACCGAACGAAGCAAAGGUUCGCAACCUCAAGACAAAGGACUACCUUGGAAAGGCUAGGCUAGUCGCCGCCUCCGAUCGCGCGAACGCCUUCACAGGCUUUGCCGGGUCCGAGAUCAAGAAUGCCGGCAAGAACGACGUCAAGGACGACAGACCAGCUGACAAUAUUUCCUUCGCUGCAACCAACCUAGUCAAACCUGGCCUGGCCUCUAGAAGACAACAGUCUGAGCCGCCCAACGGCCGCGGUGUCUUCCCCCCUACCCCUCCCCCGGACCAGGUCGAGGCCAACAAUACCGGUGCCAUGUCUCGUGGACAAUCCGUCCGUAAUGGACCCAAGCCGAUGCUUGCGAAGUUGAACAUCGAGAACUCCAGGCCCAACGAACGGUACCAAAAGACGAGCAGCCCCAACGACCGUAGAGGACCUCCGCCCAUGAUGAGAUCCGAGUCACGGUCGGCAACUCCUAGCAGAGGAUAUUCGAGACGCGACUUGCAGAUGCGCGGCCGGCCUGCUGACGAAGAUGCCGAGGACGCCUACCCUGACGAGCUUUACGACAUGUACCAGAGCGGUGGUGGUGGUGGCAACAGUACAAGAACCAGCCGCCAAGCCUCCCGCCGCCAGCCCCAGCGAUACAUGGACGAGGAAGAUGAUGGCUCCGACUACGGCUCCUUUGAUGAGGGUGACUUCGAGAUGGUUUCCAACAACAGACGUCCAGGCACGAACUCAAUGUCCUCUCGUGGCGGUUCAAGGAGACCUGAAGUCCGUAAGAUCCGUGUCAAGGUGCACGCCGAUGAUGUUCGAUACAUCAUGGUGGGCGCAGCAGUCGAGUUUCCCGACUUUGUUGACCGCAUCCGUGAGAAGUUUGGUCUUCGACGAAGAUUCAAGAUCAAGAUCCGCGACGAAGAUGUGCCGAAUGGCGACAUGAUUACCAUGGGUGACCAAGAUGACUUGGACAUGGCGAUCAUGAGCGUCAAGAGCCAAGCAAGGAAAACGAGGCAGGACAUCGGCAAGAUGGAGAUCUGGGUCCAAGAAAUUAUGUAG